AUGGCGGAGCCCAAGCUCCGCGUGAACGCGGCGUUCGCGGAGCGCUACGGGCGGUACGGGAACGGGCGGUACCGGGAGGAGCUGCAGCGCCUGCGGGACCGUUACGGGGACAGCGGCGACAGCAGCGACAGCUCCGAGUCCAGCGGGGAUGACGUGGCUCUGGACCCCCGGGAGGAACGGGAAUUUUACCGGACCCUGGCGCUGCUCAAGACGCGCGACCCGCGGAUUUACCGCGAGGAUUCCACGUUCUACACCCGCCAAGAGUCCGGGGAGGAGGAGGAGGAGGAGGAGGAGGAGGAGGAGGGGGAGGCCAAGCCGAUGUUCCUGAAGGAUUAUGAGAGGAAAGUGGUGCUGGAGAAGGAAGGCAAAUACGUAGACGAAGAAGAUGAGGAAGAUGAAGAAGCAGCAGCCAAGAGGAGGAAGGUCGAGGCCCGGAGCUACGCGGAGGAGCAGCGGGCGCUGAAGGAGAGCGAUGAUGAAGAGGAGGAAGGAGAGGUUCUACUCCGACCACGGGUCAAAUCACGGCAGGAAAAAGAGGAGGAGGAGGAGCAAUACCUGCGCUGGCUGCGGGGUCAGGCUGAGCCUCCUCCAGAACCGCUGCAGGACUUGGAGCCCCUGCAGAAAUUCUGGUCGGACCCAGCGCUGGAACCCGGCGAGCGAUUCCUGCGGAUUAUCUCCUGGGAACGAUUCCGCGAGGAAGAGGAGGAGGAGGAGGGGGAUGAAGGGUGAGUGGGACCCCCUGCCCAGACCCUCCCUGGAGGAUUCUCAGACGAAGGGGAGCAAUUCCUGCAGCGGCAGCAGGAGUUCGAGCGCCGGCACAAUUUUCGUUUCGAGGAGCCUGGAGCGGCUCAGAUCCAAACCUUCCCCCGCCAAAUCCCCACCUCGGUGCGGCGCCGCGACGAACGGCGCAAAGAGAAACGGGAGCAGAUCCGCGAGAGGAAGAGGAAGGAGCGGGCACGGCGCAGGGAGGAGCUGAAGCAGCUGAAGAACCUGAAGAGGGAGGAGCUGGCGGCGAGAAUCGCCCGAAUCCGCGGCUCCGGGGGCGCAGCCUUCGGCCUCAGCCGCUCCCUGCUGCAGGAGGAGUUCGAUCCUGCCAGCCACGACAGGCUGAUGGCCGAGUGGUUUGGGGAGGAUUAUUACGGGCAGGAGGAAGAGGAGAAGCCGCAGUUUGAGGAGGAGGAAGGGCUGGAUGAGGAGUGGAAUUGGGACUCGUGGACGGGGAGGGAGGAGGAGCCGCACUGCGAGGAUCCGGAUUUUGUGGUGAGGAGGGGGAGAGGGGAGACCCCUCCCCUUUUUGGGGGGGGUGUUCUCAAAGGUGGGACCCCCCCCAAAGCUGGGACCCCUCCUCUAAAGGUGGGACCCCUCCCCUUUCGUCCCCUCAGCCCCCCCAGCCCCCCGGGACCCCCGGGACCCCCGGGCCGGGCCCCCCCCGAGGUUUCCUUCGGGAAGCGGCGCCGGAAAACGCGGCUGAGGGAGGCCCUGGAGAGGGAGAAACCCCCCUUCGACCCCGGUGAGAGCCCCUUUGAGCAGUACCUGGACGAGUUUUACGGGCUGGAUUUCGAGGACACCAUCGGGGACCUCCCGUGUCGCUUCAAGUACCGCCGGGUGCUGCCCUGCGACUUCGGUCUGUUCCCCUCCCAGAUUUUGGCGGCGGACGACAAGGAGCUGAACCGCUGGUUCCUGCGUAAAACCUGCAUGUACCGCUCGGAGCAGGAGGAGCGGCAGGACCAGGCUAAUUACAGCAGGAGGGCGCAGAAACCUGAGGAGGAAACAUCAGAUCCUCAGAUCCCUCGUGACCCCCCCGACCCCUCCUCAUUAUUAAAUCCCCCUCCUCACCAUCACAGCCCCGAGGAGGAGGGGCAGCACCAACCAAGCCGAAAUUGGGAAGAAACGCGGGAGAAGAGGAAGCGUCAAGAGGAAGGAAAAGGGGAAACCCCCCCCGAGACCCCCCUGAGACCCCUCCCCAAAAUCCAGGGGGUCCCAGACGGCGGGGGGGGCCCCCCCUGGGCGGCUGUGCGUUUGGGGGGGCGGGAAUUCAGCGGGAAGAGGUUGGAAGCCUUCGGCCUCAACCCCCGGCGCCUCCGGUUCCGGCAGCUCCGGAGGGAGCAGGGAAAGGAGGGGGGGGGGGGAAAAAAAGGGGGGGAGACCCCCGGGAAAUGCCGGGAAAAAUGGGGAGGGGUGGGAAAAUGUCGGGAAGGGUGGGAAAAAUAUCGGGAGCACCGGGAAAAGCUCUGGGAACACUGGGGAAAAUAUUGGGAAUACCGAGAAAAAUAUUGGGAAUGCUGGGAAAAAUAUCGGGAAUAACAAAAAAAAUAUCGGGAAGGCCGGGAAAAGCAUCGAGAAUAUCGGGAACAACCCCGGGAAUACCGGGAAAAAUAUCGGGAAUACCGAAAAAAACAUCGAGAAUACUGGGAAAAACCCUGGGAAUAGCAGGAAAAAUAUCGAGAAUA